GUUUAUUACUCUGCUCCUCCUUCCUCUCACUGUCUCCUUUUCACACCCUCAAAACCAAACCAAAUCAAAUCUAAGACUCAUAACCAACCAGAUCUCCCUCACAAAAAUUCAAUCAAAUCAUAAUCAUAAAAAAUGGGGCACAUAAAUCUAACUUCCCCAUCAACACCAAAACACCGCCCGUCAUCACCACCACGUAAAUACCAACUCCUCGACUUAAUCUCCACAAUCUUUUUCUCAAUCGUCAUCCUUUUCUUCCUUCUCAUCUUCACUCCUUUAGGCGACUCUUUAGCCGCCUCCGGUGCUCAGUCGUUGCUCCGGUCCGAUCCCAAACAAAGACUCGGUCUUGUUUCGUUAAUCGAGUCCAAACAACACCCACCUCAACUCAUCGAUUAUUGUACUAGUACGGAUAAGAAUAAUAAUGAUAAUAAGAAUGGUGAUGUGGAUUAUAUGCCGUGUGAAGAUCCGAUGAGGAAUAGUCAGUUGAGUAGAGAAAUGAAUUAUUAUAGGGAACGACAUUGUCCUAAUGUUGAUGAUACUCCUCUUUGUUUGGUUCCGAUUCCUGUCGGUUAUCAUGUCCCCAUUCAAUGGCCCGAAUCCUUACACAAGAUAUGGCACGAAAACAUGCCAUAUAAUAAAAUUGCCGAUAGGAAAGGUCAUCAAGGAUGGAUGAAAAGAGAUGGUCCGUACUUCAUAUUUCCUGGUGGCGGUACUAUGUUUCCAGAUGGAGCCACACAAUAUAUUGCGAAACUUAAGCAGUAUAUCCCUAUUUCCGGUGGGGUCCUAAGGACGGCUCUUGAUAUGGGAUGCGGGGUUGCUAGUUUUGGAGGUCAUCUGCUAGAUGAAGGCAUUUUGACGCUCUCUUUUGCUCCAAGAGAUUCACAUAAAUCUCAAAUACAAUUUGCUUUGGAAAGAGGAAUACCCGCAUUUGUUUUGAUGCUUGGCACUCGCAGACUUCCUUUUCCUGCAUCCUCAUUUGACUUGAUGCAUUGCUCUCGUUGUUUAAUUCCUUUUACGGCAUAUAAUGCAACAUAUUUUAUGGAAGUUGAUCGAUUACUUCGCCCUGGUGGGUAUUUAGUAAUCUCGGGUCCUCCGGUACAGUGGGCUAAACAAGAUAAAGAAUGGGCUGAUCUCCAGGCAGUGGCUAGAGCAUUAUGCUAUGAACUAAUUGUUGUGGAUGGGAACACCGUUAUCUGGAAAAAGCCUGUUGGUGACUCAUGUCUCCAGAAUCAAAACGAACUCGGGCUCGAAUUGUGUGACAAGUCUGAUGACCCAAGUUCUGCAUGGUAUGUGAAAUUGAAGAAGUGUGUGAGCCAGACAUAUUCUAUCAAAGGAGAUUUUGCUGUUGGUGCAAUUCCAAAAUGGCCACAAAGACUAAAAGUAGCUCCAUCACGAGCCACCAUCAUUAAAAAUGGAAAUGAUGUAUUUGAUGCCGACACACGUCGUUGGGAAAGGAGAAUUUUUUACUAUAAAAACUCAUUAAACUUGAAGCUUGGGACUCCUGCAGUACGAAAUGUGAUGGAUAUGAAUGCAUUUUUUGGUGGUUUUGCUGCUGCAUUGACAUCAGAUCCUCUGUGGGUGAUGAAUGUUGUCACAAACCGUAAACCUUCGACUUUAGGUGUUAUUUAUGAUAGAGGGCUUAUUGGUGUUUAUCAUGAUUGGUGCGAACCUUUUUCAAGUUACCCUCGAACUUAUGACUUUAUUCAUGUAGUUGCACUUGAAUCCCUUAUAAAGGAUCCAAUUACCGGCAAGAACAGAUGUAAUAUCGUGGAUGUCAUGGUGGAGAUGGAUCGAUUAUUGCGACCCGAAGGAACAGUUGUGGUUCGUGAUUCCCCUGAGUUUAUUGCAAAAGUAGAUAGAAUUGCUGGUUCAGUAAGAUGGAAAUCUACUACACAUGACAAGGAACCCGAAUCACAAGGGAGGGAGCGAAUUCUAGUCGCCACAAAACCUCUUUGGACAUUACCUUCGUCGUCUUAACACGCUACAGUUAUAGGUAUUUUCUUUAGAUCUAAUCUUUUUGUGUCAUGUAAGUUAUUCAUCAGAAAGCUAUUGUAUGCAUCAAUGCACAAGCUUUCUAGUUCCUUGUUCGGUUUCAAUUUUUUUUGUUGAAGUAAUAGUUGUUAGAACAAGAAGGAAAUGGAUGAAAGCAAAAGAUAAUACAAAUUACAAUGAAAUGUAUGAAAGCAAAGAUAAUGUAAACUUAGUAUAUUAGUGUCUCAAUUUGUCAAUGAUAUAUGUUUCGUAUGUUAAA